UCAAUUUCAAACCCAAACAGUCUGAGGGACGAGCCUGUGGAGAGUGGGCGAGCCGCGAGCGCCUUUACCGAGGAUUUGCCGCGCUUUGUCGUUUACGCCGCCUUUACUUCAGCAGUUUACACCGAACCGUGUCGGUCACCGCGAAUUUUUGCUCCAUUUUUAUGAUAAAUCUACGUUCUGGUUCUCUGACACAUACGGUGGCCGAAAAGGAGAUUUGAGUCAUUUAUUGAAUCGCUGCUGUGGUUCAAUUGCUUUUGUUUUUAUUUGAGAUCGCGGCUGUCCUCCAUUAUUAUCAUGCCGAGGUCCAACAGGCAGAAGGAGUACAAACCCGGAGACCUGGUGUUCGCCAAGAUGAAGGGGUACCCGCACUGGCCCGCCCGGAUCGACGAGUUACCCGAAGGAGCCGUCAAGUCGCCCUCAAACAAAUACCAGGUCUUCUUCUUCGGGACACACGAGACCGCGUUUCUCGGAGCUAAAGAUUUGUUUCCGUAUGAAGAAUGCAAAGAGAAGUUUGGCAAAGCGAACAAGAGGAAAGGCUUCGCUGAGGGUCUGUGGGAGAUCGAGAACAACCCGUCCGUCACGCACGAGGGCUACGAGUCGUCAAAGAAGGACAACGCCCCCGAGGCGGCCAGGGAGACGGCCGGCUCGGAGAAGGCCGCCGCUGAGGGCAGCAGCGACGAGGACGAAGGAACCCUGGUCAUCGACGAGAAGAACGAGAGAGCGGGAACCAAACGGAAAGCAGAAUCCACAGAGGCCUCGCCCAAGCGGCCAAAGGACGCCGAGGCAGAAGCCGACGGCAACAAGUCCAGCACGGAGGGUAAGCUGAACGACGUGGGCGGAGCCAAGGCGUCCACGCCCUCCACACAGAGCGAGUCCAAACCGGACCCCAAGGAAAGCGCCCCCGCCGGGGCUCAGCUAACGGCAGAGAAGGCCGCCACUGACAGCGCCUAACAUCCGCUCAGAUGCAACCAAGAACCUUCAGUGCUUAUCUCUGGAAUCCAACCGUCAACCAGUUACCUGCAAAGGCCAGAUUUCAGCCGUUCCACCAGAAAAUUCCAAAUCAGAAAACAGAACUCGGAGAUUUGAGAGACGAACCUUCAUUUGGGAUUUCUGGGAUGUGGUUUAUCCCAGAAACGUUUGCUAAUUUGACUCCUAAAACAAUUUAAGCGGAGCGUUUUCCCGCUCGUGUCGACAGCGUUUUGGUGUGUAUAUAGUUUUUAUUUUAAGUGCAAUUACAUAAUUACAAAGACUGAAUGAUGGGUGUGGAGCAUUUCUCAGUUGGAGGGAACAACGUGAAUAAACAAAGAACAUUUCUGAGUGAAUUGAAGACAAAAUUCCAAUGCUUUUGUUUUUCCAACUGAAAUAUUGUACAGAAAGGAACCGUUCUUCAGAUCCGUGUUCAUCCGUGUUCCUCGCUUCAACCUCUCUGUAAUUCAGUCCUUGGAUGCAUGAGUUGCACUUCCUGUCUCCUCUCCUCCAUUAUGGUCUUGCUUAUUCAGUGGCAUUUUUUUUACUCUGUGUGUACGCUUCACAGCGGGCGACCCGGUUCUACCGGGCCGGUUCUGGUGUGUGAAGCUCAUUCUGAAACGACCCCCUUGAGAUUGAACCUGUGAGUCAUCAGUGAGCAUCACGCCUGUAGUUGAGAUAGAUUCCUGAAUGUCGUCCGCUUCACUUAGAAACGUCUGCAUUACAGAUCAAUGAUCGAGUCCAGCUGUGGUGGAGUGUCUGAGCGUGGAGGCUGGGUGUAUAUUCAUAAGCUUGGAGGUGUAUCAUUGAAAUUGUAAACACUAAAAAAUACGCCCAUUUGAGUAAAGGUGUGACCCCGCCCCCGUCCAUACCUGGAGCUCCGGUCCGCUCCACGACAGUGAUGGUGUCGUUGUGGAUGUUCAGUCUGUGCUCCGGGGUUCUGUCGUGUUCUGGGAGAUGUUUGUCUGCAGUUCAUGCAGAAGCUGCCCUCAGGGGGGGCAGUUCCUGCUGUUUGAAUAGAGAAGCUGCCCUCAGGGGGGGCAGAACCGUCAUCAGCAGACGCCUCAGAGCAUCAACAGAGUUCUGGGAUUUUGUGUUACUUUAGGAAUCUGCCAAUCAUCUUCUGCUGCUUAGUUGACCAUUGUGACUGCCUGUCGAUUUAAUAAAAAUGUUGAUUACAAAGAA